AACUCAAAGGUGAAAAAGUUGUAUUUCGUUGGUGCUCGUGUUCGUGGAUGUCAUCCGCUAGAACGAUUUUAUCACUGGAAUGGCUUAAAAAAAAAAAAGAAACCUCAAAAUGCUCACAUGUGAAAGUACUCCGAAAAUGUGAUCGUGGCAGAUCUUUGGAUUAAAAGUGAACUGUACAUUUCAACACUUUUCAAAAUUACUUCUAAGAUGAGAAUGGGAUUCUUAGAACAUAGAGUUGAGUCGUCUGAAGAAAUGGUAUUUUACUAAUUUGUAUUGUAUGUUACGGAAUAAGAGCAGGAUGACGUUUCCAACAGAGAUGAUCAAUAUCACCGAACUAUCAAUAAACAUCACUGAUGUGAACGGUUCUUUGGAGAAGACAGAGGAGGGUUCUCCUCCAUUUCUCACAGAUGCCUGGCUGGUUCCGUUGUUCUUUUCUCUCAUCAUGUUGGUGGGACUCGUUGGAAACUCAUUAGUCAUAUACAUAAUAUCCAAACACAGACAGAUGCGAACAGCCACCAACUUCUACAUAGCAAACCUGGCUACCACUGACAUAAUAUUCCUGGUGUGCUGUGUCCCCUUUACUGCCACUCUUUACCCUCUGCCGGGCUGGAUCUUUGGAGACUUUAUGUGCAAAUUUGUUGCCUUCCUACAACAGGUUACAGUCCAGGCUACCUGUAUCACUCUCACAGCAAUGAGCGGUGAUCGCUGUUAUGCUACAGUAUACCCUCUGAAAUCCUUACGUCAUCGCACACCCCGGGUUGCAAUGCUUGUUAGCAUCUGUAUUUGGAUUGGGUCCUUUAUUCUCUCAACACCUAUCAUCAUGUAUCAGAAGAUCCAGGAAGGGUACUGGUAUGGGCCCAGACUCUACUGCUUAGAAAAGUUCCCAUCAAAGAUGCAUGAGAAAGCCUUCACUCUGUAUCAGUUCCUGGCUGUCUACCUCCUGCCUCUUCUCACGAUUUCCUUAUGCUACUACUUCAUGCUCAAGAGGGUUGGGAAACCAGUGGUCGAGCCUGUAGACAACAAUUACCAGGUCCAGGUGCUUUCGGAGAGAACUGUGGCCAUGAGAAGCAAAAUCUCCAAAAUGGUGGUAGUAAUCGUCCUGCUUUUCACUAUUUGCUGGGGGCCCAUUCAGCUGUUCAUACUAUUCCAGUCUUUCUAUCCUAACUACAAGGCCAACUACGCCACCUACAAGAUUAAGACGUGGGCCAAUUGUAUGUCUUAUGCCAACUCAUCCAUCAAUCCCAUUGUCUAUGGCUUCAUGGGUGUUAGCUUCCGCAAGUCUUUCAAGAAAGCCUUUCCUUUCCUUUUCAGACGUAAGGUGAGGGAUGGCAGUGUGACCUCAGGGACAGGGAAUGCAGAAAUGAAGUUUAUUGAAACAGAUGUUACCCAAAAUGAAGGGAAAUGAACAUUUUGUAGGUUUUUUGUCUGCAGUACAGUUAAUGUAAGAUAACCAGGUGAAGUUAACAGUACUCUUGCUGAAAACAAUUCUACUCAGUCUAGUCUAAUGUGACAGAUACAGGUCUGAUGUGACAGAAACAUCUUUUGUUUUGUAAAUGUAUUCUGCUAAACGCCUUGAAUGUAAAAGAAUGCUGGUCAACUCAAUGAAGAAAAGAAAGUCUAAGUAUUUUUGUAAAACAGUGCCCAAUCAAAUGUGACACACUAUGAUUGCAAUCAAAAUGAUUUCUGCGAAAAACCUUAUGGAAUCAAAAUACAGUACUUAAGUAAGCACUUGAAAAUAUAGCUAAAUUCAAAUACCUUCAUUUAGAUUAUAAUUUCAAAUACCCUCAAUUUCAAGGUAAAUGAAAAUUGUAAUGCAAAAUUUUAUAAAACCCUACUCAUUCAAUGCAUGCUCCAUAUCACACUUAAAAGUACUGUAAGUGUUGCAUAAUAAUAUCUAAAAGCCAGUUUAAACUGUUGAUAAUUGUCUGUGCCGAACUGAAGGUUGAACAUGUUAAGUAAAUUGUGGACUACCUUCUUUUCUAAGGCAUUUAUCACAAGAUAGACACAUGGGCUGCCAGAUGAAGCUGUUUGUUGUUCAAACAUAAUCAUCAUAACUCUUUGCAGUAAAUUAUACUAAAUUCUACUGAUCUACAAAUUUUGCCAGCUUUUAAUUUGUUAGAAAAGGUCAACAAGUCCAUCAAUUCAAUGUCAAUUCCACUCAAUGUAGCUAACAGUCCCGUAUAACUUUUUUUUAAGACAUUACUCAAGCGAUCCCAAAUAUCAGCUGGAACAAUCUGCACUGGGUAUAUUUUUCAAGGGCGCUUUGAGUCCAGUUUUCAUCAUUCAACCCUGAUUUCUCGACUCUUCUGUGUUUAUCCAGAAAUUCUGGUUUCUGCCUUAAUUGCCAGCUAGGGUAUAUUCCAUGGAAAAAUACAUUCCCACCCCAUUUCAAGAUGUUGAAACAAACAGAUUACAUCAAUAUGAAAGUUUGUUUUAAACUGUGAGGUAAUUCAAUAUCGAACACUUCAAUGCAAGAAAAGUAAUUUUUCAUUUCAACCAGCAGUGUGUAUCAGUCUGACUUUACACCGAGAAAGAACUCUAGUUGUGUAGCUCAUUACAGAUUAAAAUCAAUUUACAUUUGGUAAUGACUGCUCAAGAUCUAAUCUAAUUUAAAAUUGGAAGUUAACCUAAAGGAGACAGCACAAUAAAAUACCACACUGUGAAGCUCCUGAACAUGUUUUUUGGAGCAUGUUUACUGUGAAUUUCAGUUGAAUUAAACCACCACCUUUUAGUACCUGUGUUAUUUAGUACCUCUACAAUUCAUUAUUUCUCUGUUCAAUUUAAAUGCUUUAUUCAAAAAUAGUAAUGUGAAGAUCUGCUGCAAUUCUAUACAUGUACAUGCAGAAAAGUUGUUUUUUUCAUAUUAUUUCAAAUAUGUCAGAAUUUUCAAUCAAAACAAUUAUUUACAAGCAAUACUAAAGAUAAUUGGAAUGCAUUUUGAAUUAAGGGAAGAAAUAGUCCUACUUAUUUAGCACAUGGACAAACAUUGCAAUACAUGCAUUUAACACAGUUCAAGUUGUUACAUUAUUAGUUAGACUCUCUUGUAAUCCCAUUUCCAUGUAUUUUUGUACUAUCAUAAGAAUGAAAAAAGUGUGACCCUUAUUACUCUAGUCCAUUUUUGUCAUGAGAUAUAUAGAACUUUGCUUUCUGCCACCUCAGCUUGAUCUGGAUGUAGAAAUGCCUUUAUUUACAGUAUAUGUUUUGUGACCAGAUACCACUGUAAAAUGUUCAACUGUACUGUAGCAUUCCAGGUCAUCUGUAUCUUGGUAUGAAGAUAAUAUUAACAUAUUGAUUAAUAAGCACAAUGAAAUGAAUUAUGAAUGCAGGAUCAUGAGAAAGUUAUCACCAGGUAAAUUAGAUAAUAUGCAAUUAUACUAACAGCCUUAUGGAUAAUCUUCUGGUACUGUCAAUGGUAAUUAAGUAGAAAUGUGACUAACUGACCUUAUUUAAUUUAAUUAUAUAAGAAAAUAUAUAAAAUCUAUUUCUUAAAAACACAUAGUUCUUUAAACACAUAGGCCAGUCUAAUACAUACAUGUAUACACAACAACAAAACAAUUUGAGUUUUUAAAACUUGUCUUGAUCAUAUAAAACUAUAGUAGGGGAGGUACAACACCUAAUAUGCUCAGCCCUUUCACUUCUGGUUUGUGUUAAUUACAUCUGUUCACCAUCUCUUUGAAUUAAAUCUAAGCUUUUAUUUUCACCAGGAGACAAAGCUGAAUAAAACAGUACAAUAAGCACAGCAGUAAUGAGAAUGUCACGUUCAGGAACAAAUGUAUCUCUUAUUGUACAACAUUAAACAAAUAAAUUCCUUAAUUUUCAUCUUAUAAAAUCCCUAGGUGCUUCUACAUUUCGAAGGGAUCCACAUCUUGUCAGCUUCAUCUAAAAAAUUAGUUUCAUACUGCAGAAAAAGAGAGGUAGGAUAAAUUCUUCCUUUAAAAGUGGAAUAUUGUAAAUCAAAUUAGCAGAACAGAGAUUUGUAAAAUUCCCAAUAGUUCAGUGGUUAAGAGGAGCAAAAUAUUUAACGCUGCACAUAUUAUUUUAUAUAUGUAAUGUAUUGUGUUAACUGAAAUGAUCAUUGAAAAAUUACUGUUCUGUUUGCAUUUACUGGGUGCUAUGCAAGUGCAACUCUUGCAGAAGCAUGCCCAUGGUGCUCAGUCUGAGGUGUGGAGAAUGUUGACAUUGCUAUUCUCUUUAACAGACAAGCUCACACCUCCCUAUGUACACAACUUCACAACUUGCAGGUGGGGAGCUGGGUAGAAAGUAAAUCUUCACAGACCUGGAUCAAUGAUUGCCUUUCUUUUUUUCCAAGAACCACAUUAUGUCUCACCCGAAUCAGUAGACAGAUUUGUUAUGACAGCCACAGACAUGGUGUGGACAAAGCCCACCGCAUUCCAGUUCUGUGAAUCUCAGAAUAACCCUGCUCUUACAGAGUAACUGCCUUCCUGCCUGAGCUCUUUAGAUCUCAGUUGGAUUUGGAGUACACAGCAAAAGGAGACCUCCACAGAAAAACAGUUUGCUGAUUAAACUGGUGUGGGUGGACCAGCAGGAGGUGAUUUCCCCUCUGGGCCAGAACUUGUGAAAAUCAAGGUCCUGGCUACUUAGUCAUUAAAGGUCCCCUUUGCACUUUUCUAAAGACCAGAGGUGUUAACCUUGGUGUCCUGGUUAGACUGCUAUCUGGACUUUACAGCAUAGUCUGGCCUCCCUAAAGUUUCCUCAUAUUUACAUUAGUGAAGCGAUUUCUCACUUGUCCACCUGUUGCCUUCAGGUGCAUAACUGCUGUUGAACAUCACCCAGGUGGGUGCUGCACUUCAGUGGUAGAAGAAGUGGGUCUCCUCCUACAGUGCUUGAGAUGCCUAAGGAUGAAAAGGGAAAUACCAAUACUAGGAAUUAUAAUUACUAAGCAACACAGCAGCACUGCUCACAAAUCUGCAAAAUUGGCAAAUUUAUAGAAUCGUGCUUUCAAAAUAAAAACAAAAUGAGAUCACCUGAGAUUUAAUGCAGACCAUGAAAAAGCCAGCCCAAAAACGAAUGUGCUGCAGCAUACUGUAUACUGUAAAUAAUGUAAUUGCAGACUGUAUCUGGAACCAUCUCAGCUGUGAAUUGAUAUUUGCCCCUAAGCUUAAUUCAUUGACAGACAUUGUAAAGUAUGGUGUGAUGCGAUUUAUACAACCUUAGUGAGAUAAUGAGCUUUAAAGGUAAUAAUUUGAAUGAAAGUAUGAUUGUACCUAAAAAGUGAUACUUUAAUAAUUAGCCUUUAGACAAUUUAUUUCACUCAGCAGUUUUUCUUUAUCUUAUUUUCCUUUAGGCUGUAAAUUGCAAGAGUCCCCAGUUACUAUAUGGUUGUGAUUCAGAAAAAUGUGUCCAUGGAUUUCAUAGUAAUUCUCUCUAUGGGUUAGCUUAAACUCUCUAGAUAUUUUAUCCCAAAAUACAGAAUCUGUGUAACAUUCAGAAAAUGAAACAGGAAUUGGUUUGGCCUGUUUAUCAUUCUCAUACAGAAUGUGACUCACAAAUCUACUAUGAAAUAUAAAUGUUAAUAUGUCCUUUUCUAGUUAAAUUCUGUGUGUAUACCCCUUAACACAUAAUUUAUUUUAGAACAUUAUUUAUUUAUCAUACAUUUUCUUGUUUCCAAUGAAGGCCUGCUUAGCAGUAUCUCGACGAACACACUACAUUUCUACUAAUGUUGCUGGAAGGUUGUGGUUUGAUUCCGUUAUCUAAAUUGUUUUGGCAAAGUUUAGUUAUGUAAGACAUUCAUACAUCAUGUUAAAGCAAUAUUGCAAACAAUUAAUUAACAAUGUUUAUACUGUGUAAAAGCAGUGCCUCACAGUGCUGGGGUCCUAUGGACCUGGGCUACUAUCAGCAUGGAGUGUGUAUGUUCUCCUUAAACAGUUCACGUAUGUUCACGUUAACCUGGGUUUCCUCCAGGUACUCUGGUUUAUAUUGGAAGCACCUUUUUCCUGGUGAAAUUUAAUCAUUUUUAUCAUUUUUCUUACAUUUUUCCUGACAUUUCUGCUGUCCAGUUGAAAACACGUGUUUACAAAUACAGAAUAUAUUUUAUGGCAUGUUGGUUUAAUUUCGUGUUGUUGCACGACAACUCCACUGUCAUGUAAAAAAGAGCUAAAAUGAAUGCUAAAAUGACAAGAUUUUAUCAUAAACUGACUAAUCCUCCUUAAAGGUCACAUAGCAACAAUCUUCAAAUUAUAACAGAUGGUAGCCUACUUUGCUAAAGUACCUAUCUGACUGUGGUUGUACAUUGUAUAAUUGGGCUUUUUCAGAACAGCUGUAUAAUAGAAUCCUGCCCAUGUUUCAUUAGCACAGUCUUCAGUCAUGCCAUUUGGCGCACCUCAAAACUUACUGAUACAAGCUAAUGGUGUAGCAUAUACUGUAUAUACACUAUAAAAUAUUUCACACAUCUCAUUAGAGUUUGAUUUGAGUUCUCUCAUGCCAGGAGAGUAGCCUUUGGGCACAGGGGGACUCAUACAGUACAUGACUGAAGCUCUGUGGUUAAAAGACGAGAUUUGAAUCAGAGCAGGAAAUGCACGCUGCAUAUGCCGAACACUAUGUACACAAAACUGUAUUGGUGAUGUAACAGCUUCUUCAUUAAAUUCAUUUUAUAUUCUGAUUUAAUCAGUUAACAGACAUUAUUCCCCAUGAUCCACCUACAGGUGUCUGCAUCUUCCAAGAAAAAAAUAAAAAUAAAAUAGCUUCCCUUCGGUACGUCAGUAGUGGACAUGCAAUCUGAAAUUCUUCUUGUGUUAUAAUUCAGGAUUUUCUUUAUUCCUUUUGUAUAAAAUGGGAAUUAAUAACCCAUGCAACAACAUCUCAAAAUAUUCAAUGACUAGUAUAAUAUUGUAGUCUACUGUAAUAUUAAAAUAUGGUUAUGGGAUAGUUAUUUGAUAAUUAUGUUACUGAUAUAUACAGUUUGAUUUCAAAUUAAGUGCAUUGUUUUACAAAUAAUUAAUAUGAUUUAGUAAUUUACCUUCUUCUGCCUACAGAUUGUUACUACCAUCCAAUGUCUAUUGAUGUACAACAGACCCUUUCUCCAUUUUGUUGUACUAUAGGCCUUUUUUCCUGUGACAAAGGCAGUCAAAGAUAAAUGCAAGGAUUUGAACUAAAGAAUUGAAUUUGUUCAUAUUGAAAAAGCACCAUUUAAAUCAAUGUAAUCUUUUUUACUAUGUACACCUAAGUACAACAUUCUGUAUAUAUGGGCUGUAAACACAAAAAAACACAAGUGUUUUGUGCAGGCAGCACAUCAAUUAAUAUAAAUGACUUAAAUAACAGGGAAUAACAGUGAAAACCAGGAGCUCUAGCUUUAAUCCAGAAAAUCCCUUAAAUCCUUC